AGGUUGUCAUCGGAGUCGUGAAAAUUUUCUCCAUUGCGGUGUUCUGACCUUCCAGUUGAACAUUCCAAGCAAGCAACUGGACAACCCAACAACCAAACACACAAAUCAAACAAACAAACAAUCAAUCCUUCAAGAUGACACUGGAAGAAGAACCGCAGUUCACUACUAUUCAAAGAAGACGCUCCCUCAAGGGCGAUUCGAUUCGGUCUCUCAGAGAACACCUGGAAGCAUCCUUAUCAUCGAGAUCCCUGCAAACUCUUGACGACAAAAACGCGGAAACCAACAAGAAGGAACGAACCGAAAUUACAAAAAAUGCAUCGAUCGAGGAGCCACGAGUAGAGGAACAACGAGACGAAAAUGAAAAGUUUGCGGAUCGACAUGCCGACCAAGUCCGAUCGCGACUCUUGCAUCAAUUGGGCAUCCAAAAACAACUUGCCAUUCAGAACGCCACCCAAAACGCCAACGCCAGCGCCAGUAACAGCGAAGCUUGGGGACCCACCACCGAAUUGCCACUCAAUGACGCCAAGACAUCCUGGGCCAAACAACCCAACCAUCGCCAACUCCAGUUCCACCCCACAGUCACAGUCCACCCCAUUCCCAGUUACAAAGUGUACAGCAAACGCAUUCAACGCACUAUUUGGACGAAUGCGCAAGAACUGCAAGAACAAGUCACACGCAAUGCCCUCGAAUUCAAUUACGAACAAUGGGACGCCAAUAAGGUGUUGGACGAAGACAAUGGAUUACUCUUUCACGACGGGGAAUGGAUUCAUCCGGUUCACGUCGAAUUUACCGUACCAGAAGGACAGCCCGAAUUGUCGUCGGAAGAAGAACUCUGGAUAUUGACGUGUCAUCGACUCGGUAUUCAGCCCGCCGCAUUUUAUCAUUCUCUUUCGACAGGACCGCCGCCGCUAUCGAAACAGCCGCAUGUGUGAUUACUUUUAUUUUUAUUGUUGCAUUGGGCGCUCGCGGCAGGUUGUCUCUGGCUGCUUCGAAGUUGCAACAUUUAUGUCUGAUUUUAGAAACAUUGCCUUUGGCGUCUGGCAACAAUGAAUGAAUGGCCCGAGAUCGACAAGAAACGAGAAUUGGAUUCGAUUCUUUCACUCGAACCAGGUCCACAACCACCGAAAAAGGCGUUACUGGAGAGGUUUGCCAAGCAAAACACGCGGCAAAACUCUCCAAUAAAUACAUCCUAAAUAAAUAAAUAGGAUGAGUGAUCUGCAACAAAGUAUGGUGACGCGAGCUAUCUGAUCACGUGUCCAAACCAAUGGGGAGGACAACCGAGACUUGUACCAAUGAAGGGGGAAUUUUUUUUUUGCUGAGCUUGAAAAUCUCGCCAUAGAGGUGCAGCAAUGUUAUACAUACAUGAAGAUAUAAAGUCGUUGCCUUC